UCGCUUAAAUCCCUGAUUGUUAAAGAAUUAAAUAAAAAAAAUUAUUUCCCAGAAUGGCCAUUUUGAUUUCAAAAAGCCUUCUGUUUUAGUGCUUUGUUCAAUAAGAAACGUUUCCUAACCAUGACUUGAUUAAAAAAACAUGUUCUUUCAUUGAGUUGGUGACCGUCGGUGUCAAGAUUUCAAUCGUGGUGGUGGGGUGCUCACCUAAUUCUAGCUUCAGCUGAAAUCUCGCCUUGGCCCUAAUAUGGAUUCCAUUUUACCAUGUUUCAGUGGGAUCCGUCGGUAACGUCGAGCAUGCAUCAGAUCCACACCCAUGGCUUCCAAGCGCCGCCCAACUCCACACCUCUUCUUCAAGGCGUGAACCACACUAACUCGGUGCAGGUGACAGUGGGUCAGCAAAACCCACACAUGGGCCCAGAUUUCCAGAGCAAUCCGUACCUUCAACAUAUGAUCGACAACUACUCGAACAUGUACCAAAACCAUCGAGGAGGAAUGGGCGGGGGAUUGGAAGUGGACCCGGGGGCAUUCCGGCUAAUCCCACCUCACCCACCUUAUCUUCAUCGACCAAUAACAGUCAGAGUGGCUCGAGCAACCAAGGCCCCAGUUGGUUAUGACGAGGAGGCCCAAACAACCAAGAGGAGACGGAUGAUGAUGAUGAUGAUUAUAACUCCAACAACAACAACAACAGCCCGAGAAUCAAGUGCCAUCU